UAACCCCCGCUCCCCCCGCUCCCCCCCCUCCAACCCCAUUUUACCCCUACGGAGGACGAGGAGGAGGCCGCAAGGGAAAAGGCCCUAGCCGACGUCGACCCGCGCACACAGGCAAUGGCUCGUGACAUGGAGGCUAGACGUGAGCUGGCGAUGGUUGGGAGAGUGAUGUCGGUGACUGCGGGAGCAGGAGUGCAUGGCUUUCGGGAGGACACGCAUGACAUGGACGCAGAGGAUGCCAUGCUGGCGGGCGCAAGUGCCAUUGCGCACAUGCAGACAUUGGAGUCUCACGGGUUAACUGAGGAGGCAGGUGGCGAUACGUCGCAUGCAGUUAUAGAGAGAGAGUGUGAGACACACGGGUCCGAUAUUGUCAGCGCAUUCAUCGCGGCGGAGGCACGUCAUGGAGACUCGGCCUGCGUUGCAGGGGCACAGGAGGGAGAGGCGAGUGGUGAGAAAUUUAAUGACUUUACGGUGGCAGAGCCUGAUGCUGCUUGGGCUAUCCCUGCAGAGGUGGUGCAUUGUAGAGACACGGAGGUACGGCCAGGAGACGCAGAGGAUGAAGUGGCAGACGCGACUCACGCGAGUCUUGCGCCAUGGGGGGAGAGGCAUUCCUGAUUCACGCGGAGGUAGAGGAGGACGCAUGUCAGGAGCCUCACGAGGACCCAUGCGUGUGUACGACUAUACCUGGUUCAGGCGUGGAGGAGGGAGUGCGUGUUAUGGCAUCCAUCGCACCGACCGGUGGAGGGAUGGAGUCGAUCACUUGUUCUCGAGAGUUUGAGGUCUCAGCGGCCAUUCAGGGGGACAGACCGAGGGCCGCACAUCGUUCAUUGCAUGGGUCGACAUUGCAAUCAAACAUCGACCACCGC